AUGCCGCUACUGACUGUAUACAUUCCCAAGGAGGAGCAUGGCCGUAUUGUUGGGCCUGGCGGCUCAGUCGCCCGCGACGUGGAGGCCGCCACGGGUGCUUCGCUCACUAUCCCGCGGAGGGCCGAGGCCUCGGACGCAGUGGUCAUUUCGGGGUCAGAGCCCGCUAUUCAAGACGCCAUCGACGCCAUUGUCUCCAUCCUCGGCCAUGCCAUCUCCGACGAGCCGCUGGUCACGCUCGAGCUCGGCAUCGAUCCGGGUCUCUACGGGCGCAUCAUCGGUCCUGGAGGCGCCGCUCUGCGUGCGCUGCAGGCCGAGAGCCACGCGCUGAUCGACAUUCCUCGGCGCGGGACAGAAGGCUACGUCCGGGUUCGAGGCGACGCCGAUGCCGCCGCUUCCGCGCUCCGUGGCAUCCAGGCCGUCACCGGCGUGCCGCCGACCGUUGUCUCGCGCUAUCCGCCGCUAGAUGAAAACGAGAUGGAUGUGGUGGCAUCGUCUUCGGGUGCAGCUGCCGCCGAGGUCAACAUCCACGCCUACCCGCCUGGCGCGCUCAACCAGACGCUCGGCCAGCUGCUCGGUGUUCUUCUCGCUGCUGAGGCCUCCAUCGACGUCUGCGUCUUUACCAUCACCGAGCCGCGCCUCGUCGCCGCCCUCAUCAAGGCUGCUGCCCGAGGCGUCGCCGUCCGCAUCAUCACCGACAACGAGACGCUAACCAACGAGGGUUCGGACAUCUCGCAGCUGGCGGCGGCAUCCAUCCCGGUCCGCAUCGACACUACGCCCGCCCAUAUGCACCACAAGUUUGCGGUCGUCGACAGAGCCGUCGCCCUCACCGGCUCGUUCAACUGGACUUCGGCCGCGGCGUCGGUCAACAACGAGAACAUCAUCGUGAGCAACACGCCGGAGCUCGUUGUUCCGUUUGUCGACCACUUUGCCGAGCUCUGGGCCUCGUUCGACUCGUUCGGCCCGUAGUCUCUACGGCUCCAUUGUCGACUCGUUCGGCACCAUCGGCUGCUCGUGCUCGUCUGGAGCAACAGAUCCGUUGACUGAGCUCAUGCCUGAGCCCGCUGCCGACCGCGCCCGCUCGAGCGCUUCGUCAAGCUCGACAAGCUCCGAGACAGCAACAGAGAUCUCGUGCGGGACGGUGUCGGUCUCGAUCGCCAUGCCCAGCGCCACGUUCUCGGCCUCGGUCAUCUCGCCGGGCGGGCCGAGCUCCUCGGGCGCCAGCGAGUUGAGGCCAAUCCACGUCCCACGGGUCGCGUCGUCGACAGCCUCGGCAUCGUCCAGCGCCUUGCGAUGAAAAGUGAGGCCACGCCGAAAGUCGGAAAACUGUGCCACAUACGCGUCGAUGUCGUCAAAGGCGGCGGUAAUGAUGAGGUCGAGCGGAAUGGGUUCGAACCCGCUGUAUUGCUCAAAGGCAGACUCCAGCCGCCGCGCCACCUCGGCAGUGCCAAAGAUGACAAAGCAGGCAAAGGCCGUGAGUGCCACUGACCAUCGGCCAAAGAUCGGAAUGAGGACGAUAGGCAGCGAGAAGCAAUAGAGCGUGAGCGAGACGAUGAAAACUUGCGCAAACGGGAACGGGAUGAACAUGGCCCGCGCACGCGUCGCGCCCAUAAACGCAUCCGUCAGCGCC